AUGAGCAAAUCGAAGGUGAAGUCGAUGCUCAUUGCUUUCUUUGACGUGAAAGGCAUUGUUCACGAAGAGUUUGUGCCACCCGGUCAAACUGUAAACGGCCAGUACUACAGAGAGGUGGCUGUGGAGGUGUGCCCGGAAGUGCUCCUGAGGAUGUAUAGCCUCUGCUUGGAGGAGGGCACUUUCCCAAAAAUCUGGAAAAGACAGCACCUAGUCUUGCAAAGGCAAGAGGAUCCAAGCUCCCCAUCGGUGUACAGGCCUUACUGUAUGCUUGAUGUUGCAGGAAAGCUUUUGGAGAAACUCUUCCGACCACAUCUGACAAGGGCAAUUCAGGAGGCUGGCAACCUCUCCCCAUGUUGGUAUGGCUUCAAGCGGGGGAAGUCAACCAUUGGUGCCAUCAAAGAUGUAGUAAGCACAUUUAAGGUGGCACAGCAGAGUAACCACUACUCCAUGGAGAUAGUACUGUUGGCCACUCUAGACAUCAAGAAAGCUUUUAAUCCGGCAAGAUGGAUUGACAUAAUGGAGGCCUUGGAGGAACAUUUCAGGAUCCCAGAGUAUCUGUUCAGAAUGGUGCAAAACUAUCUGACAGAUCAGCAGCUGAUGCCUCUGGAGGCUUUCCUGAUGGGAUUUGCAGAUGAUACCUCUGCAGUCAUUGUUGCUGGUAGCACAGAAGAUGCACGGUUGGUGCUGAAGUGGUAA